UCCGCGCUGCGCUGGAGUCCAGCCUCAGGAAGCGCCUAACAGCACCUCCCGUUUCCACACAGGAGCGCACCAGUGCGCUGGAACAUCACGCGUGGGGAAGAGCUCCGCAACCCGCUGCGCGACCAGAAAACACUUGACCAGAUCUGUUCCCACCGAUGAGGAUGGAUCUCCUGUCAAAGCUUGAAUUCCUGUCAAUGCUCGCAAUGCAUCUGGAUUGAGUUGGCGCUUUUUUUUUUUUUUUUUUUUUUUUGUGGGAGGGCUCCGUAUCUGUGCGGGGAAAAUGAGGACCACCGCCGGCUUCCGUGGAUGAUGAUGUCCCAUAAUGAACGCAGAGUUUCAAAAUCCACCACAAGUCCCUCGACCAAGGGUCCGCAGUCACCUCACUAUCAAAGUGCAGUCGAAGUUGACAUCAAAAUCAUGGCCCCCUGUCCAUGGCCCCAAACCUCCUGUCGCCCCCAAACCCAUACCUCUCUCUCAAUCUCACCCACAGGGAGACACACACGACCAGCAGAGGCUCAGCAACGGAGAGCUGUCUCACUCUGAUGGGGAGAUGGGAGAUCUUCUUGAAACGACGGAGAAGAACCACCUUAAAGAGGAGAGAAAGGAAGUAGAGGGUGGGGUUAGUGACAAUGGCACAGGAGGGAAUGACAAAGAUGACACAGUGGGCGGACAAACUGUGGCGGGAGAAGCAAAAGGAGCAGAAGCAUGUGAUAAAGAUGCCGAUGUGGACAGCAUCGCCUCGGAUGACACAAUCAAGGCAGAUGACUUGAUUGACAUCACAGAGGAAGAAACCACCGACAGCGACUCCAUUCAUCCUGAGGGGGGUGAUCACACUGAUGAUGAGAGUACAGUAACGCCAUUACAUCCUCCACCUGGACCAGAUUAUGAGGGAGGAGAAGAGACAGAGAAGAUCGAAACAGGCUGUGGAUCCACAGAGCACCUAGAUGAACAAGGAGAGGAGCCACAGCUUGAGCAAACACAAUCGUUUAGUGAAAGUGCUGAGAACAAUGAUUCUGGACUUCAUGAGACAACCACUCAGCUGCACAGUGGGUUUUUCCCAAAUGAGGCUGAGUUGGAAAAUGGCAGAUUUGCAUAUGGAUUCAGCAUGCUUCCAACUGUUGCUGAGGAGUAUCCCUACGACGUGAUCGGCCCCACAGAUGAUGCCAGCGAUACAUGUGAGUCCUGCGACACGGCGGAAACUGGGGACACGGAAGUCUGGCAACCAGAGCGAGCCACCAAAGACACCUCUGGUUGUUUUCGAUUCACGUCCAGCACAGAGGAUGUGUUCGGGCCCUAUUCCGUCAUAGAGGCGGUUCCAGGAGACACGAGUGCCACGGCUGAUCCGGAGUGGAGCCCUGAAGAGGAAGACAAAUCUUCAUCGGCAAAUGAAGCUCAAACCCAAGAUGCCUGUAACCAGGAACCUUACUAUGUGUCGUCGGAUGAUGUGGACAAGCUCGAAGACAAGCAAGCCAACUCAGAGCAGCUUCUUACUGAAGAGGCCACGGAGGAGUCUUGUCAACAUAAGGACAAAGCAAAAGACAUUGACUCAGCAGAUGAAUACGCAGACAUCGAUGAUUCAAUCUGCCCAAAAGACGAAAAUGUUGAGCAAUCUGAAUGUGUGUCAUCGGAAGAUUAUGUCGAGAUUGGUGACGAGGAUGAGGAGGAAGAGGAGGUGGAAAAGAAACAUAUCCGAGUAAAAAGUGCAAAAGAGAGGACGGCCCAGCGAGAUCAAGCACUACGCGGCCAGAGAAAAAGCUGCCAGCCUCGUCUCAGAUUGUGCAACAUCACAGUGCCAGCAGACCUAGACCUGGGCUGCACCCCAGAGCUCACCAACAGGGUGGUGUUUGCCCACACCACCGAGGCCUUUGAAGAAGAUAUUGAAGAACUAGACUGCCACAUCGUGCCUUACUAUGAAGACACAGACUCAGACAGCGACGAGCAUAUCUAUGUAGAGGUGGGCUUUGAAUCGGAAGGGGAGAAUUUCAUGCCUCUUGAUCGAAAAACCAUUGUCACGCGGUCACGGUCCUAUUCUGGGAAAGUCUCAAAUUAUGUACCAGAAACUGUACCAGAGGAGACAGGGACAGAGACGCAUGACUACUGCACUGUACCGGAGGAUAAGAGCAGCGAACCUCUCAGCCCCUCGCAGCAGCCAGCAGUUAAUUGCAUUACUCCUUCCACAAAGUCUCGUCGCUUCUUGCUCUCCUCUCGGUCUGCCGAUGGUCCCGAAUUGUCCUUUUUCACCUCAACAGAGAAUGGCCAGUCACUUAAGAAUGAGAUCAGGAUAAAGAGGAAGGACGACACUCUUUCCCUUCCAUGCGUCAUCACUUCCUCUGGAAGCUUCUCCCAGCGCAGCCAUCAGUCAUCAAGUGGUGUUUCCACGCCAACCUCCCUAGCGGACAUACCUCCACCCUUUGAGCUGGUCCCAAUCACUAAGAGACCCGUCACCAAGAGUUCGCCAUCCCUCCUGAUCCAGCAUGAACCAAGCGAAACACCCAAGAAGAAGAAGUCUUCCUUCAAGCGCUUUCUGGCCUUCAAGUUCAAGAGGAAGGCAGAUUCAAAGGGCUUUAGUGACGGAAGUGUUCGCUCUUCCCGGUCUUCCUCUGAGUCCAGCCAUCAUGGCGUGAGGGUCAUAGAGCUUGAUCGUCGAAGCAAUGGCAGCUCACCUCAGCUUCAGUCCAACAUGGUAAACCCCCAGCAACAUCUGCCAAACCUGCCACACUCUUUUAGUCUCUGCAAAGAUCACCACAGGAGGAAAGGGGACCUCAGAGCGGACGGCAAGACCGUCUCCAGAGUGGAGUCCUUUGAGGAGCGCUCCCGUCGCUCCAUCAUGCCGCUUCCAAUGACCAAACCUCGCUCCAUCUCCUUCCCCAGUGCCGAUACCUCAGACUAUGAAAACAUUCCAGCCAUGAGCUCUGACUAUGAGAACAUCCAGAUCCCGAGACCCACCAGAUCCCACACCGUUACCGAAUUCUUUGAAAACCGCACUCAAGUUGUAUCCAAUGAAAAUGAUGGUUAUGUGGAUAUGAACAGUUUCCCUGGGAUUGACAGCAAGCCCCAGACAUCGAAAGCAGACUCCGAAAGUGCCUACACAGAACCUUUCCCCAUGAACCCGGUUUCUGCUGGGCUGUCGGCAGACGAAGACCACGGUCGUACCUCAGAGGAGGAAGAUGGGGCUUUGGAGCAAAGUUAUGACCGGCAGAUUGAUGGCCGUUCUCGAGCGUUCUACAUCGCCAAAGAGCUGGUCGACUCAGAGAGGACACAUGUAAGCGCCCUCAAGCACAUUCAGGAGGACUUUAGGUCAGCGGUGGCCGAGGCAGCGGAUGAGGAGGGGCAGCCAGCGCUGGACGAGCAGAGGCUGGGGGAGAUACUGUGCGUGCUUCCACAGGUUUACAGCCUCCACAGCAGCAUCUUGUCUGAGCUGGAGGAGCGCAUUAGCAAUUGGGAGGAGAACCAGAAGAUGGUGGACGUGAUCUUGUCCCGCCGGGACGAGUUCCGAGUGUUUGACACCUACAUCUCCGAGUACGAUCGCAGCAUGACGUUGCUGGAGCAGAGCUGCCGAAACAGCCCGGCUUUUUCCGCCGUUGUCAGGAAAUUUGAGGCUAAGGGUCCAGAAGUAUCUGAAGUCCCGAUGAAACACCAGCUGCUCCAGGUCAUCGUGAGAGUACUGCAGUAUCGAAUGCUACUUACCGAUUACCUGAACAACCUGUCUCCUGAUUCCAAAGAAUACGAGGACACUCAGGCGGCGCUGGUGAUCGUGUCUGAGGUGGCGGACCAGGCCAACGACAACCUGAAACAAGGGGAGAACCUGCUGCGUCUGGUCCACAUAGAGUACAGCGUGAAGGGGAAGAGGGACCUCCUGAAGCCUGGGAGGAUAUUCGUCAAAGAGGGGACGCUGAUGAAGGUCUCGAGGAAGAGUAGGCAACCACGACACCUGUUUCUGAUGAACGAUAUUAUGCUGUACACCUACCCCCAGCAGGAUGGCAAAUACAGACUUAAAAACACGCUGUCCCUGUCAGGGAUGAAGGUGAGCAAACCCGUCCUGGACAGUGUGCUCAACUGUCUUCGGAUCGAGGUGUCUGACAUCACCAUCACGCUCUCUGCCAGUUCGGUUGGAGAGCGAGAAGAUUGGUUCCACACUUUGAGUCGAGCCAUUGCAGACCACGCUGCAGGACUCUGCACAUUUGGAGGUCCCUGCAGUGAGGCACGUGAGAAACUGUGGAUGGCGCUUGGUGAGGCUGCGCCUGUGCUUGUGCCCGUCUCCCAGGUGAUGAUGUGCAUGAACUGUACCUCAGAUUUCAGCCUUACACUGAGACGGCACCACUGUAACGCCUGCGGAAAGGUGGUGUGUCGAGCUUGUUCCAGGAACAGAUACCCGCUGAAGUACCUGAAGGACAGAAUGGCCAAAGUGUGCGACCACUGCUACGCUGAGCUCAGGAAAAGAGGCGGCAGCAUUUCGGGAGCGUGCGGUAACUCCAGCCCUCGGACUCAUCGGGCCAGUCGGCCGCUCUCCGCCGUCUUCCAAAGUCUGCAGCCGCCCAGUCUGUGGAAGUCCAGAAAGAGCGUCUCCAAUCUCAGCCAGGCGUCCCUCGGUGUGGACGGCUCCACCAUGAGCGGCAGCCUGCAGCGCCGGAAGAAGAGCAAAAGGAAGUGGAAGAGGCUGUGGUUCCUCCUCAAAGAUAAGGUGCUCUACACCUUCACAACCCGUGAGGAUAAAGUGGCUUCGGAAAGUCUACCUCUGCAGGGCUUCACGGUGAAGCUCACGGAGAGGCCAGACGGAGAAGAAAGCAGCAACGUGUUUCAGCUGUACCACAAGAAGACCCUCUACUACACCUUCAGAGCUGAGGAUCAGCACACCGCACGCAGAUGGGUUAACGCCAUAGAAGAGGCUACAGUUUUAUAGCACUUGCUCCCAGGGGUGAAUAAGCCCUGGUUUGUGCAGCUGCUAGGACCCCUGAGAGGGAGGAGCACAAGUAAGCUACCUGCUGACCGCCAGUAAAGACCCAGCCAGCACGUCUGACAUCUAAGGACACACUGAAGGAGAAAUCCCUGGAUUUUAGAGGAGGCUGCCACCCAGUGGCAAUGAACCGAAAUACAGAUAACUCAGAUUAUCUCUCUGAGAUCGGUUUUGCAUGAUGGAAAUAAAACACUGCAAGCGGAGGAAUCGUUGGAGCCUUUGACCUUUCACAAGCAGCUUGGAAACACUGAACAUUAGUGAGCCUGACACAGAGGUUUUCUCUCUCUCUCUGUUUGGACUUUUACAACAAUCUUCCUACUGAAGUCCACUGCAGCUUUACCCACUUUUUGAGAUGAUUUCUUUACAUUUUGAUCCCCCAAAAUAAGUUUUCCACUGCAGGAGGAAACCUCCCUUAUUUCACAGCAAAAAACACGCGUCAGGCUGGACCAGCAACACGGAGUAGCCAAAAAUAAAAGCGGCUGCACGGCAACGUCCAGACGCCGUAAACGAUGAACUAUUUACCAAACGUUUCUGUUCCGGUUCUGGAAAUAUACGUACCGGAGUUAUACGCUGCAGAUGUUAUAGUGAAAUAUUUGAUUUAUUUGUAUAAAGUUGGUGUUAUGUGAUACUCUGAGCAAGUUUGUUUUUUAUUCAUCGCUGAAUGUAGACAUCAUGUUUCAUGUGACGUUUUAUUCUGAAAUCCACUGUACAAAACAUGGCCUUCGGCACGCCUAUAUGUCAAACGCAUGUCAACAAACUCUAUCCACGAGGCUUUGUACUUUAUUCUGCAAACUGUCACGUGACAAAGUGUGACGUCCGGUUCUGAAGUGCCACUUGACUUCCUCCAGUUGAAUGCAGUAAAAUUUUGCUAUUAUUAUUGAAUGUGCCUGAAAUCAAAUGUACUCCUUAUCCUUUAUAUUAUCACAGUACUGUAUGAAAACACCUCUUUUUAAAUCUUCUCUUACAUGUUGUUAGCACCCGCUCAAACACACAAGAAUAUAGUUUUGUGACAUUUUUACUGAAGGGUUGUUGUUGUUUUUUUUUUCUUUGAUAUAUGCUGCUGGAUGAAGUAUUAGCAUUUCAGCGGGAGAGAAAUGACCCGCUUUCAUUAGAGGCAAGGACCCUGGAUUAAUUUUCUUUAACAUAACUGGCAUAGACGUCCAUAGCUUUUCACAAAUAAUAGACCUAAAGGCAGUUAUCUAUUGCUAUGUGAAGGAUGCCGUCCCAUGCAACACUUCCACCCGUCGCACAGCUCCAUCUUUCAAACAUGUUGCUCCUCUAGCCGUCUUCUUACAUCAGUAGUGUUAUAACGGAUUGUAUUUCCCUCAUAUAGUGCAUUGUAAAUGUUUUGUGUACAUAGAACCAUGCAAAAAUAAACUUUUAAAGGUGCACACGGUG